GGCGUGGCAGGGGCGUGGCUCCGCGCGGCGCCUGGAGGAGCGAGGUGUCCCGGGCCGCAGUCUUCGGGCGUCGGCCCUGCGGCCCCUCCGACGCCAGCACGGACGCCAGCACCCUCGCCGGCGCGAUGGGGCCGGGCUGAGCCGCCCGCCGGGAGCAGCCGCGUGGUGCAGAUGGAGGGGCCGGCGGAGCCGAGCCCCGAGGCGGUGCUGGGCUUCCUCGCGGAACGCGGGGGCCGCGUCCGACACGCGGACCUGGUGGAGCGCUUCAGGGGCGCCCUGGGCGGCGAGCCCGAGCAGCGCGCCCGAGCCCGCGCGCGCUUCAAGGAGCUGGUCAACGCCGUGGCCACCGUGCGCACCGACCCCGCCGACGGCGCCAAGUACGUGCACCUGAAGAAGCGCUUCUGCGCAGGAGCCCCGGCGCCCGCCGACCCUCCCGACCCGGCCCCCGAGCCCACGCACGACCCGCCGGGCCCGGCCCCGGAGCCCUGCGGGGGAGGUCGCGGCAGGGGCGACUCGGACAGCGCCUCCGUGGCCUCCUCGGCGACAGAGGAGGAGGGCAGUGGGGCCGCGGUGGCGCUGGACCCGCUGGAGCAUGCCUGGAUGAUGUCGGCCGCCGACGGCCACUGGGCCGGCCUGGAAGCGCUGCUGGCCUGCGAGCCCGGCCUGCUGGCCAAGCGCGACUUCAUCACUGGCUUCACCUGCCUGCACUGGGCCGCCAAGCACGGUCGGCAGGAGUUGCUGGCCACGCUGGUCAGCUUCGCCGGCAAGCACCAGCUGCCGGUGAACAUCAACGCGCGCACGAGCGGGGGCUACACCGCCUUGCACCUGGCAGCCAUGCACGGGCACGUGGAGGUGGUGAAGCUGCUGGUGGGGGCCUACGAUGCCGACGUGGACAUCAGGGACUACAGCGGGAGGAAGGCUUCCCAGUACUUGAGCGUCAGCGUCGCAGAGGAGAUCAAGAGCCUAGUGGGCGCCCUGGACGAGGAGGAGGAGGCGGACGACGCUGCCGGCAGCGGGCGCGGGCGCUGGAGGCUGUCGAAGGUGCUCCCGGCACACCUCAUCACCUACAAGCUCUCGCACGUCCUGGAGGAUGGAGAUCACCACCACUUGGCUGAAGGGUGGGCUGGCAGCAAAGCCAAGGAUCGCAAAGCUUCAGGCACCUCUAGUGGGAGGGUGAAACCCAGACUCAAUAAGAUCCGCUUCAAAACCCAGGUCAUCCACAGCACACUGUCUUCGCGGGACCCUGAGCAGCCGCUGGAGGAAGAGGACGAGGAGCGGGCCUUUAGAGGCCACUCAUCCUCGUUCAAGUUAAGACCCAAGUCCAACGUGUUUGGAUAAAAAGCUUUGUUUUUUUUUUGUUUUGUUUUUUUCCCGAAAUGCUAAGGUUUGUCGGUCCUCAGGAUGGCAUACGAGGUGUGGGUAAGGGAGAAAGAGGAGAAAAACAGACGCAGUUGUGCCUUACGUGAAGGGCUGGCAGGAGUCGGGAGAAAUCCCCUUCAGGCCAGCAUUCCGAGGGAAGGGGGUUUCUUUAUAAGUGGUUCAUCAGAUACUGAUCUGUGCCUCUUGCUCACACCAGCCGUCUAACUUGAAGCUCCUGUUUCUGAGGACUAGAAGUAUGUAAUUGGGGAACAAAAUUGAUUGAGAGUUUCUUUGCUUUAACCACUACUGGGUACAUCCAAAGGAAGCAAUGGUGCGCUUUUAUGUAUCUUUUUCUGAGUAGCUACUUUUCCAACAGCAACAAAAAGUACAAAUUGUAAUGAAACUGGUAGCAUUUGUAGGUGUGAACAAAGCUUCAUGCUACUUCAUUUUUUACUAAUUGCAUUUGCUUUUUAUGGUACUACUGAAGGUCAGGUCUGAGAUGAGUUUCAAAAAUACUAUUUUCUAAUACUAAUUAGAAAAUAAUGUAAAUAAAAAUGGGAAUCCUGUUGGUAUCCUGUUUGUAUUGUAAGUAGUGGUUCAGUUAUUAAAAAAAAAAAAAUUUCAGUUGUAAUCACUAAAGGAAUAGGCAGCAUUUACUUUUGAGUUAAUCCAUACUCUGGUUUCCACCCGUUUAUCAGAUACUACUGCAGUAAGUGUUACGGGCCACUAUUAAUAACUACCCAAACUUUUAUUUACAGAGAAAAACACUUAGUCUAUUAGAUAAAAUAUUGUCUCUUGUUCUGAUUGUCAUUAACUUGUUUUUCUAUUGUAAAAGUUUAAAUUUGCUAGGAUUUUUAUGCUGGGGCUCAUAUGCCCUUUGACUAUUUGGCAGACUAUAAUGGUGCUUUGGAAGAAUUACUUAACAGAAACUGUAGGGUUAAAGUUAAGUUUGCAAAAGAUGGCAUGUUAUUGAGCAUCUGCUAUGAAAUAAUUGUUAAGUCAAUGAUUCUUCUAAGACAUUUUAUUUCCCUUAUACAUUCAUAGUUUCUAUGCUUUGCAACAACAUUUUGCAAAUGUUUAAAAUGCUAAAUCUUCCAGCUUUCAGUUUCUUUGUAUGUAGUCAAAGAGCUGUGUAGUAAUUACUGAAAAGCUGGGUGGUAAAUCUGGUUUAAAAUGGCACUUUAUAAAAUGAAAAGAGAGAAAAAAAGAAUUAUUUCUGUAUUUAAAUGCUGCUAGCUACUCAAUUCAUUCGUGUAUAAGUGAAAAAUACCACUCAUUUAAAAGUAAAGACUUUAGAGAGUGGCUGUUAAUUACAUUUGAUUCUUUAUUUGUGUUAAAGUAUCUACUGGCUUUAUAAUUGGUUUUAUAGUUCAAAUUUUACUAACAUGUACCUCAAGUCCUUUUAUAAUAAGCUAAAAUAUGUCUCUGGAGGGUUAAUUUGACACUGUCCUUCUCUCAAAUCUUUUGGGUCUCCUCAGUGCUGACACCAAAGUUGCUAGUACAGCCUGCCAGAGACAGGAGUGAGUUGCAGAAUGCACGAGCCUGUGCACAGGAAGUGUGCAGAACCGCAGUAUCAAGGUUCCUAGAUCUUGAAUUGCCCAAGUCAGAAAUUUGUGACAAGUUUGCCAUGGCACUGCCUACAUGGCAAUUGAAUUUGCUUAAAGAGGGGUGAGAAAUUCACAAAAUACGUAAACUAUUGUCUGUUUGUCUAAUUUUUAGGGUUUUGGAAAUGGACCAUGAACGUUUGAAAAGCACUUUUAUUCACACAUGUAGGUGGAAAACUAGCCUAGUUGAAUGUAAAUUAAAAUAGGUUCGUUGAGGGUGAAAAGCAGUCAUUGGUUCUGAGUAUGCAUGUUACUGGGUAGCGCAGAAUAAGCUGCAGCUUCUCAUUGAGGAAUCUUUAAUUUCAUAGAUGCGUAGAACUAAGGCAACUGUAAACCUUUCAGAACCAUGUGAGGGUUCUAUUGGUCAGUAUUAAUCUCCUAAACUGUAUGUUAGUAAUUAAUUGGACAAAAUUUAUAAUUUUCUAGAUCUUUGGAAAUUGAGUUACUUUUUCACACUAAAGAUUCUAACUUUUCUGGUAAGAUAAUAAUUUAAAUUUUCCAAAUUCAUUCCUGGAGAGUUGUGUACCAUUCUUAUUUGAUGUCCUUGUGUAUAGCAAGUGUAGCAUUUUUAGCUACUUACUUAUACAUUCCUCAUGUUUCAAUUAGUUAUUAAAUAAUGAUUUGUGUAAUUUGAUAUCCAUAGAGUUGGACCUAUCAUUAAUGAACAUAUGUCAAACACUUAGAUGUUUAUUGACCUGUGACUUUUUACAUAAACAGCUCCAUGUGUUCUUUAUAGGUACUCUUGAAACUAGUGAAUGUGACUUUUUAUGUUAUGAAAAAUGCAGCUAGCUUAUAUAGCUUAAAAAUCUGGUACUAGUUUAUUCAUACCUGAAAUUGAGUCUAGGAUGCUUUGUCCCUCACUUUAAGUAAGUGGAAAUUUGACAGUUUGAGAAUGUAAAAUCAGUUUUUAAACUGCAUUUUUGUCAAAAUAAAUUAUUCAUACAAGAA